GCGCAGAAUGGUAAAGCCAAUGAUGUGGCCCUGCUGUGCAUUUGCCUCCCAGGUGGAGGUGCAACACCCAGGAUCGAGCGCCAAAUUGAUGACACCAGCCUUUCAUUGAGGGGGACAACGGUUAAGAGUGCUGGCUUCAAUACUAUAUGUCUCACCUCCGAAGACACAUCUCUGUCGAACAAGUUCGCUGGUAUCGCAGAUGGCCCCGUGCCUGCGGAGAUCACCAAGGCAAAGUGCGAGGCCAUUCCCAUCGGCCGCCUUGUUGAGCCGCUGAUGUUGCGAACGUCGCUUUCUUCUUGGCGGAGCCAGCAAGCUCAAUUAUUAGUGGAGUUGAGAUUCUCGUUGACAGCGCACGCUGUGUAUAAGAGAGAAAUUGUCUGUCGGCAUCAGGAGUGGAAACCUAUUCUGAUAGGCACAUAG